AUGGAAUCACCAAAAAUCUUUCUCCGGCCGUUCAAAGUAUCAGACGCCAAAGACGUCUUUAAAUGGGCUGGUGACGAGUACGUCACACGUUAUGUCACAGAUUCAGUUAAGACCUUAGAGGAAGCCGAACAACACAUCUUGAACAAGGCCAUACCACACCCGUGGCACCGUUCCAUAUCUCUCCUCCAUGAAGGCCGUUCGAUCGGUUACGUCUCUGUCAAGCCAGAUUCUGGUGAUGGUUGGUGCCGGGCUGAUCUCGGGUACGCUGUCGCUAAAGAGUUUUGGGGGCGGGCAUUAGCCACGGCGGCUGUGAUGAGGGCGGUGGGACAAUAUUUCAAGGAUUUUCCGGUGGUGGUGAGGAUUCAAGCGGUAGUGGAGGUUGAGAACAAAUCGCCUCAGAGGGUUUUGGAGAAAGUUGGGUUUCGUAAAGAGGGUUUGCUUGAGAAGUAUGGUUUUAGCAACGGCAUGAUUAAAGACAUGUUUCUCUAUAGUUUCGUUAAAGAAUGA